AUGAUGGCGUCGUCCAAUGCGGCAGGUCAACUCGCCCGCAAGGCGCUCAUGGAAGAUGCUCGUCAAGAGGAAGCCAUCACCGUCAAUCAGCGCGCCCUUAUAGACAAGAUCCUCGCUAGAUACGCCGCAGAGUUCACCGUCUUCCGCGAGCUCCUCCAGAACGCAGACGAUGCAGGCGCCACCCACUGCGAGCUCCGAUUCGAGUCGCAGCGCUCGUCUCCCUCGUCCACCGCAUCACAGCAGCCUUCAUCCUCGACGUCGUCAUCCAACCUGCUACCCGACUUCAAGGCCACCCUCUCCAACUGGGUCUUCCGCAACGACGGCAAACCCUUUGGCAACGAUGACUGGUCCCGCCUUCGCAGGAUCGCGGAAGGAAAUCCAGACCCAGACCGCAUCGGCGCUUUCGGCGUCGGCUUCUACUCCCUCUUCAGCAUCUGCGAGGAACCCAUCGUAUCGUCAGCAGACGAGCUCAUGGGCUUCUUCUGGAAAGGCGACUCGCUCUUCACAAAGCGCGCAACCAAUACCGAUCGCCAGAACGCGCCCUCCGGAAGACCAUGGACCACCUUCUUCAUGGCCCUCCGCGAGCCUGCCCCCUUUCCCGAUUCGCCCAUGGCGCUCGCCAAGUUCCUCGCCACCUCCCUCACCUUUACCACCCAGAUCAAGUCCAUCUCCCUAUACUGGGACGAUCAUCUGCUCUGCAAACUCACCAAGAAGCUCGCUUUGCCCAAGCCCAUGGUGAUGCCGUCCCAUCUCAACGCCAAUAGCCCGGGUCGCACCAUGCGCGUCCGCGACCUCGAAUCGACGGCAGUCCAGAUCGACGUUCAGGCCCUUCGGCUCGUCAUCGACGCUUUUGAAAGGGAGAAGCCAAAACCAAAGCUGUCGCUCACAUCCGCUCUGGGCAAGUCGAGCGGCGGCGGUCUUACCUCGAUGCUCCAAAGCGCCUUCGGCUUUGGCUCCAGCUCAUCCAAGGAAAAGGAAAAGGAGCGCGAACUGCAGGCGCGCAGGGAAGCCGAGCAGGCUGCCGCCAACGACAAGGCCAAGCUCGACACCACAGCAGCCCUACUCACCUCGGUCUCGGCUUCAAUUCACCUGCGCAUUGCCACCGCCAACGUCGCCGUCUCUGCCGACAAGGCUUUCCAGAAGGAGAUCGAGCGCAGCACAAAGAAGCCUCCGCCCAAAGUCACUGCCUUCCAUCUCAUCUUCACCGGUAAAGAAGAGUACGACGCCAGCUUCCCUCAAGACGCCGAAGAUGCCGACAACUCGCUCUCCGCAUCCUCUUCUGCAGCUGCGCUUGACAAAGGCGCUCGUCAGAUCUUCUCCGGCCUCAUGCCUCGUCUCGAGGACCAAGGCCACGCUUUCAUCGGCUUCCGCACCCAUCAGACCACCGGCUUCAGCGGUCACAUCGCCGCACGCUUCAUCCCCACCGUAGAGCGCGAGUCGCUCGACUUUGUCGACCGCUACUGCGCCCAGUGGAACUCCGAGCUGCUCUCCAUGGGCGGCUACGUCGCACGCGCCGUCUAUGAGAACGAACUCGGCGACAUCGGACGUCUGUGGACCAACACCUUUGGCGACAAGCGUCCCACCACCGACGACGAUCAAGCGCUGGCCAAGGCACUCAAGGAUCGCGCUUUGCAUCUUAUGCGCUUCUUCACCAUGCGCACCUCGUCGCCGUCCUCGCGGGUCUCGUCUCUCUUCCUCACCUCCUUCUUCGGAGCAGCGCGCCAGAACACCAUCUCGCUCAUGUCCACCCGCGGCGUCAAGCACUCGGCUGCAGUCCGCAUGCCCAACACCCUCCUCUCCGACUUCAUCAAGGACCUCGCCGUCAUCCCUCCCAAUCACACGGAGGACGCGCCCGACUUUGUUCGUGAGGUUCGCUCGCGUAAUCUGGUGCAAGACAUUACCAUGGACGACGUCUUUUCGGAGCUGUCCUCACGCGCCCUCACCACCGCCGAGAUGGUCGCAUGUCUCCGAUGGUGGACUAGCGUCGCGGCGCAUCCCUCGUACGACGUCAGCCUGCGCUCCAAGCUCCUCAACAGCGCCAUGCUAACCAUCGCGGACCCCAAAGACGCUGCCGUGCCAGAAAAGAUCCAGCCACUGAGCAUCGUGCGCUUCUACCUCAACACCUCCCGCCUCCCCACCGACGUGCCUCUACCAGACUCGUGCCUGUCGUACGACGUAUCCAAGUCCUUCACCUCCAACGAGCUUGCUCGCGUGUUCGGCUGGUCCGAGCUCACCGUCGCUGCGUGGCUCAAGAAUCUCGUCCAGAUCAGCGUCCAGGCACGCCGCUCCGGCUCUUCCGCCAUCAGCGAGACGGACCUGCAAACGUCGCCCGCCUUUGCUGAAAAGGUCCUCCUGACCCUCUCGAGGGCGUGGUUUGCACUGCCUUCGGCGCAGCACGACGACAUUCAGCAGAUCCUGGCCGAAACCACAUGCAUCCCGACGCGUUCGCAGAUGCAAAAGCCCGGCGACGCCUACUUCGCCAACGUGUCGCUCUUCUCGGACCUGCCCAUCAUCGAGCUCCCCAGCGGCGCACAGGUCAAGGGCAACCUCGAAAAGGUGCUGAUCGCGCUGGGUGUGCGUCGACACGUCGAGUUGCAGAUGAUCUUCACCCGUCUCGUGGCGGAUGGCGGCUGGUCGCACGUCGACCUGCUUGCCUAUCUCGCCUCGAUCAAGGACUCGCUGUCGGAGCUCGAGAAGGACAGGCUUAAGACGACCGCCAUCUUUCCGAAGCACGGAGAGAUCGGCCCACUCAAAGAGGACGGCACGCCAAGGAUCAUACGCCAUCGCGCUCGCGACCUGUACGAACCCACCGAGGCGCUCAAGGCGCUGCAACUGCCCGUCCUCGACUGGACAAACAAGCCGUGGAGGCCGUUGUCGGACGAGGCGCGCUUCGUCUUCGACCUCGGUCUCCGUCGCUACCCGCCCAUGGAGACGAUUCUCGAAAUCGCUGCAACGAAUCAGGACGCGGCAGUGCGUUCCAAGGCUCUCGCCUUCUUCCUCGAAAAGUUCCAUGCACACUACAUCAACCAGUACACCAUCUUCCGCGCCGAAAAGUACGCCUUUGUGCCGGCACGCCUUCCCAACGAGAACAAGCUGGUGCUUCGCAAACCCACCGAGGUGUUCACCAACGCCGAGGCCGCCGUCAUGGGCUUCGCCGUUGCCGGGUCCGAGAUCAAUCUGGCCGACCUGCCCAAGCUCGGCCUGCGCUCGAAUCCCACCGCGACGCAGCUCAUUGCGAGACUCGUCAACUCGCCUACCCGAGGUGAGGCUCUGGCGCGCAAGAUCUUCGAGUAUCUCGCCACCGUCAACGAAUUCAGUCUCAACGACUUCAACCAGCUGCGCGGGGCCGAGUUCAUCCCUGUGCGCCGCACGAAGCGCGUCGAGGCGAGCUCUGACUCCGCGACCGGCGCUCCCCCCGCCGACAUCAUGCUGGUGGCGCCGAUGAACUGCUACUUUGGCGGCUCCACGUCAGACCUUCAGUUCCGGGACGUCUUUUUUUACUGCGACUUUGGCUCGGUCGCAGGAGCGUUCCUCAAGAAUUGCGGCGUGCGCAACGAGCCGAGCAUUGAAGAGGUGACCGAGCGCUUGGUCAGCGAGCCUCAGCGGUUCUACCAGCUGGCAGGGAGUGCAGACGCCUACCUCGGCAUCCUGCGUCAGAUUGCUACCAACUGGGACCGGAUCCGCAGCCCUUUGCGAAAGCAGAUGGCGCGCUCGCCCUUUCUGCUCGGCUCGAAGCGCAUUCAGGAGGGCAAAGCGGACAGCGGCGCGCAAAAGACGGUCAACUUGAUGGAUGCGGAUGAUGACGAACAGGACGAGGAGGCCGAUGAUGCGGGUACGCUCGUGUAUGCGCUCAAGAAGCCGGCGGACGUGGUGAUCGUCGACGACGCCAACUCGCACAUGCUCUUCGCAUCGUCGCUCUUCUACGCACCGCACGAAGAUCUGCUGCAAGAGGGGCUGUACUCCAAGCUCGGCUCGCCACGACUGAGCUCGCUGGUGGAAGAAAGGUACUUGGUCGAGGGUCGCGUGGUGCGCGACACGCAGCGUGCGCGCGAGAUCAAGGCGCUCGUCUUGGAGAGGACGCCGUUGUUCCUGUUCGAAAAGCGACAGACAUCGCGAUCCGAGAUUCGCAAGGACGGCGAGUGGCUCAAGAGCGCACUCGAGGUGGAAGAGAUCGACGGUGCCGGGCUGCGCCAGGUGCGCACGUUGCGCUACGACCGCGUGCACGAGCAGAACGUGCAGAAGUGCACCGCGACAGCGUCGAUGCGCGGCUCGAAGCUCGUGUUGCACCUGUCGUCGUCGAUGGAGGUCGACUUUUUCGAGGUGGCCAACUCGCUGAGCAAGUAUCUGUUGACCAAGCAGCGGCUGCAGGAGGUGCUGCUGUACAUGACGUUGCUGUCGACGUCGCUGCGCAAUCUCAAACGGCGCGGCUUCCAUGUGGACAAGAUCCUGUCGCAGCGCAAGGCGGAGAGGGAAGCGGCGGAGGCGAGGAUGCGCGAAGAGCGGCUCAAGGCGGAAGAGCGCGCGGCCGAGGACAAGGCGACAGAGGACAAGAUGGCGGAUUGGCGAAAGCAGGUGCUGAGCAUCUUUCCGGACGCGGAUCCGCGGUACGUGGACCAGGCACUGCGCAGCCACAGCGAUGCACACGUCGAGAGGACGACGAACGACAUGCUGAGCAGCAACUAUCCACGCAGGAGCAAGGAGACCUCCUCGGUGGUCUCUCCCGCCGCGGCGACCGCCGACGACGAGUCGUAUGGUGCGGGCGAUGUGGCUGCGGGCGGAAAGGGUGGUGCUGGUGCUGGCGGCUUUUUGUCGGGCUUCCGCAACCGAUUCAUGCAGGCUGGAGGCAGGCAGCGCAGCUCGCUCGCCGAGGGCACGAGUUCAAUCACACGACCGGGGCAAGGUGGGCCAGGGGCAUUGUCUGGCGGCGGGCAAUCGAGCGAGGACCGGGCGCUGGGUGGUCUCGCAGCUAGUGGGGGUGGAGGAGCGGCGACGGCGCCCACUCGGGAUGUGACGCCUCUGUCGUCGAUCAACAACAACGUGCUGCAGGCGAUCCGAGCGUCGCGUCCGGACGCCUCGUCUUCGAUCAAGAGCGAAGCUCGGCAUGGACAGAUCAAGGAGGCGGCUGACACGUACUGCGAUGCGACGCCGGAGACGGAUCUGAAGCUGGCGGGCGAGGUGGCGGGGAUGAAAGUGUUCCUGCACCCGUCGCUGGACGCGGCCUCGAUGCUGCAGGCCAACGCUUCGGCGCUGGAGCGGCUGAUCAACCGCGUGUUUUCGCCGGUGGGAAGCAUCUUUGGGCUGGAUCCACGCAGCAUGAACGUCUUUUGCGACACGGAGGGACCCGUGAUCGCGUUCAAUCGGGGCGGGGCGAUCUAUCUCAACUUCCGGUACUAUCUGGCGUGGCACGACGAGCUGGUUCGGCAGGGCAAGAUGGCGGAUGCGCUCGUGUCGACGUACUUUAGCGUGGCGCACGAGAUUGCGCACAACGUGGUGGCGGCGCACAAUGCGGAGCACGAGUACUACUUUAGCGCGAUCGCGGAAAAGUACGUCGUGUCGCUGGUCGAGUACAUCGCCAAGGCAGAGGCGGAUGCGAGGGUGUUGCAGCAGUAA